GGGAGUUAAAAAGAGGGAUAAAUAAGGUUAGCGGAGGUGGUGGCCCGCGGAGGUGAAAAUGCUCGGUAUAGGUCCCUGGCAUCAGCUGAUCACCCUGCCGUCACCCUGUCCACCCUUCCCUGCCGCCCCCCUGCACCCUCAACACACUAUAAAUAAGGGGAUAUGAAGCCUUGGUCCAGAGCAGCCAGCCUCCGUCCCUGCUGUCCCCCACCACCACCUGCACCACCACCACCGCCCCCACACAGCUGACGGCCGGCUGUGUGGGGGACAUACACAUCUGUGGGACCUGCUCCUCACGCUUCACUGAGAUCAAGGAGUUCGUCGCCCACAAGCGCCAGGGAUGCCAGGGUGGUGCUGGUGUGCCCGGGUGCCAUGCCACAGUGCCUCAGCUCCCCGCCGUGCCAGCCAUGCAGCCGCCCCAGCCACCGCCGGGUUCUGUGAUGGGGGUGCCAGUCGGGAUGCCUCACGUGGUGCUGCAGAGUGCCUCCGGGCCGCCACAAGUCUACCGCAUCGUGUUGGAGCCCAGCGUGCCGGCCUCCACCCCCCAGACCACCCCCUCCCUCCAGGCCCCGGCACCCAUACUGGCUCAGGCACUCUCGGGGGAUGCAGUGCCGCACCUCACAGCCACGGCACCAACGCAGCAGAUGGCACCGCACGCCCAUCACCCACACCACACCCACACCACGGCCCAGGGCGGCCUCACACAGGUAGUGGCCAGCAGCGCCGCGGGUGGUGCAGGCGGCGGCACUCUACUACAGCUGGCCCAGGUGGAGGACACGUGGCACACCGGCGGCGCGGCACUGGAGGGCGAGGGUGGUGGCUUGGCAGGGGGGACAGGGGACCAGGGGGAGGGGGUGGCAGCAUCCCCUCCAUCAGACCCAGCAAGAGGGAGAGAGGGAGGAAUGGAGGGAGACACGGUGGCCUCCUCCACUGCUUCCACCACAAGCACAACCACUUCCACCACCACCACCAUGCACACUGAGGAGGAGGAUGUGGCCACUUUUCUGGCCACACAGCUGGCCAGUCAGGCAGCACCACCACACCCCACCAGUGUGGGUGAGCAGCUGUUGUCCGGUGUGAGUGUCGGCGGCCUGUCCAGCACUGACGGCCACCUGCACUUCACCUCAGCCCCCACCACCCAGCCCCAGCAGGUGCACCUCUCUAUGCACCACCACCACCACACUGUGCAGGGGGAUUCAUAUGGUGAUGAGCUGCAGUCGUCCAGCUCCGAGCGACGGGAUGUGAAGGGAAUGUCUGGGGCCGAGGAGCUGUCCCCCGUCGACAGCAAGGCCAACAUACUCAACACAUAUCCCAAGGAGACCCUGGUGGUGCAUGACGGGCUUCACAAGGAGAAGGCGUGCCCCAUCAAGGACUGCAAUUUUGUCACCUACCACAACAAGGACCUCAACCGACACAUCCGGAAACACACCGGUGAGAAGCCGUACCGGUGUGAGGUGUGCGGGACGUGCUUCUCUCGCGGCGACAAGCUCAAGGUCCACGCCCGCAUCCACUCCAAUGUGCGGCCGUACGGGUGCACCGAGGAUGGCUGCCACUACCGCGCCAUCGACUCCGGCAGCCUCAGGAAGCACAUGAGAACGCACACCAACGAACGGCCGUAUAGGUGCCAGCUGUGCCCAUACAGUGCCCGGGAUGGCUCACAGCUGACGGUACACCUCAGAACACAUACAGGCGACACCCCCUUCCAGUGCAUGGUGGAGAGCUGUUCCGCUGCAUUCAAGACGAGCUCCGAUCUGCGGCGUCACGAGCGACUCCACACUGGCGUCAAACCCUACAAGUGCUCCUCCUGCGACUACGCCUGCGCCAUCAAGUCCAACCUAACAGUACACAUGCGCCUCAACCACUACAAGGGCGCCAAGUUCAGCUGCACCAAAUGUGACUUUCUGGGCAACAGUCGCAAACAGCUCAAGGACCAUGAGAAGUCCCAUGCCAAUGUGUUGCUGCAGUGUGAGUUGUGUGACCACGUGAGCACCAGCAACACAGGCUUGAGGCAACACAUGCUCAUACACUCGCAGGAGAAGCCCUUCCAGUGCCGCUACUGCUCCUUCACCUGCAAGACCACAGGCAAUCUCCGGUACCAUGUCCGCAACAAGCACGGCUGCGAAGUGUCCGGGCGCAAGCGUGGGGGCGGUGUGGGUGUGGGCGGGGGUGGUGUGGGGAGGGGCCGGGGCGGGACAGGGGGUGGGGCAGUGGGCGGGAGGAGAGCCGGCCGCCCUGCCUGCUACCGGAGCUUCAAGUGUGACGACUGUGGUAGCGGUUUCGUCAGGGAGGACUCCUACAGGUCCCACAUGAGGCAGCACGAGAAACACCGCAGGGCCCAGACGCUGCCCGGAAAGCUGGAGCCGGACGUGUUCAGUGUGGUGGUGCAGGACGAGGGACUGAUGGCUGGUGUGGAGCAGCCUGGUGGUGGUGGAGGCAGUGGUGAGCCAGGGGUGGAGGGGAGCAGCCAAGGGGGGAUGACCACCUUCCACAGACUGCCCCACAGCGACCCCCUCCAGCCUGCCACCCUCUUACCUCAAGGCACAGUGUGUGGCGGCAUAACAACAACAGCAGCGGCAGCGACAGCAGUGGGCGGCAGCAGCGGUGGCGAGGGUGGCAGCCUCAACACCUUCAGCUCCUACGUCAUCACCAUCGACGGCAUCUCCACCGUCUUCUCCAGCCCCAUGCGACUGGCCGGCACCAGCGGAGGUCAGAGCCAAGGUCACCAGGAAGGAGGUCUCCCAUCCGUGCAGGUCAUCACCGGGGACAUCCUCGCUCCAGAAACCAAGGUGACCUAUGACCCCGGGGAGGACACCAAGCUGCCCCACGACCCCUUCCCUCAGGUCAAGAGCCGCCUAGGGCACCACACGCUCUACGGCACUGCUCCCGGCACUAAGGGGCUAAGGGAGUACAGUGCCUCAGAGCUCCAGCAGGCGACAGUCCUCCUCGAGCCUGGAACUGUCACCCCUGGCACUCUGGACGCCACCAUGCAGGGCCACACUAUGCCAACCAAGCCUAAGGUGGAGUGAGUGUGUGGGGUGGAGGAUGGGGUGAGGGAGGUGUGUGUGGAGCCAUGGUGGAGGAAAUGCAGAAGGAAGGAAGGAAGGAAAGGAGAAAUAGAAGAAAGGAGGGAUAUGGUAAAUGAGAAUGACAGAGGAAGGAAGAAAGGAAGGAAGGAAAGGAGAAACAGAAGGAAGGAAGGAAGAAAGGAGAUAAAUGAUAAGUGAGAAUGAUAAAGGAAAGGCAGAGGAAGGAAGGAAAAGAAGAGAAAAUGGGAAAUAGAAGGAAAAAAGGAGGAAUGUGGUAAAUUAAUGUAUGGGUGUAGAUGAAGAGGCUCAAAGAAAUGGUGGAUAAAAGGCAGAAAAAAGGAAGAGAAAGAAGGAAAAAAGGAAUGAAGGAAGAACAAAUAAGAAACAAAAGUGUGUGUGUGUGUGUGUGUGUGUGUGUGUGUGUGUUUCAGAGUGCACGUUACAAAACCCUAAAAAUUAAAAUAAAUACCUUUUGUAAUGCAUUCAGUUGUUGUCGUUGUUGUAUAGAUUUUGAUACAUGAAAAUAAUAAUCACUAUCUCUUCUACACAA